CUUCAACUUUGACCUUUCCGUCACAUGCUCAGGGGGAAUUCCACAGCCAAUUUCAUUCGCUACAAUGUAUCAGGGAUUUAUGGCAAGAGAUUUGAAUAUUUAAUACAAUGUGUCACCUUCAAGAAAAUAAUGACCACAUUCACAAUCAAAUACUAUUGGAUUAAAUACAAUAUUAUCACUCUUAUUAGGCGACUAAAGGCAGGUUUUGGCACUAUGUCAAAAUACCCAUGCUGACACUUGAUCUGUGUGCAUAACAGUUGGGGUUCCUGCUAUAUUUGUCACAAACUGCUUCCUUGGUUAGCCUGUCAAAAACACUGUCAAUGGUCGCCCUGAAUCGACGUUGCUGGGGGAGUUAUUGAAUAAUUUCUCACCAAGUAUCUCCACCACAGUACCUCCACCACAGUAUCUCCACCACAGUACCUCCACCACAGUAUCUCCACCACAGUAUCUCCACCACAGUACCUCCACCACAGUAUCUCCACCACAGUACCUCCACCACAGUAUCUCCACCACAGUACCUCCACCACAGUACCUCCACCACAGUAUCUCCACCACAGUAUCUCCACCACAGUAUCUCCACCACAGUAUCUCCACCACAGUACCUCCACCACAGUACCUCCACCACAGUACCUCCACCACAAUACCUCCACCACAAUAUCUCCACCACAGUAUCUCCACCACAGUACCUCCACCACAGUACCUCCACCACAGUACCUCCACCACAGUAUCUCCACCACAGUACCUCCACCCUCCUCCUCCCAUCAUGGACCUGUAUGAGGUCUUCACAGGAAGCAGGCUGGAUGUCAUCACUGAGGAGGUGCUGAGUGGAGACGAGGAGCGUGGGGAGGAGCACCAGGAGGAGGUGAAGGAGGAGGAGGUGAACAGGGAUCUCCCUACCAAAGAGGCCUUCAUAGUGGUGUCAGAGAGAACAGAGACUAGAGAGUUGUCCUCUACUUUCCAGCGUUUCUCCACGGAUACCAGUGACUCUCUAAGGUUUGAGGCGUAUGUCCCGUCUUCAGAUGAGGAGGGAACUCCAUCACCUGACAGCUCUGUGGACGGACACGAUGACGUGUUUGAGGAGCACAAGGAGUCGGAGGACAAGGUGAAUAACAUCAGGACUAAGCUGGAGGAGAAGGUGGUGGAGAUGGAGAACUUUGCAGGACAUCUAGAAGAGAUCUUCCUCACUGUGGAGGAGAAUUUUGGUCGUCAGGAGCAACACCUGGAGCAGCACUGCAACGAUGUUCUACAGACGUUGUCCCAUCGUUACGACGAGCGCGCCGCUGCGCUGGGGGAGGAGAAGAAGAGGAAGUUGGAGGCCUUGUACACUCAGCUGCUGGGCUGCGGACGCACCCUGGACGCAUCCAAGGACCUGAUUGAGACCGCCCAGGAACUGUACCGCACCGAGGACAAACGACUCUUUCUACAGGCUGUUAUGCCCACCAUGAAGAGAAUUGAGGAGUUUGCGAAGGAGAAGCCUGACCUGACGCUGGUGACCCCUCUGGAGUUUGACAUGCCCCUCGCUGACCUGUCAGAUGUCAAGACCAUGAUGGACUCCAUCAACAUCGUACCAGCCCCAUCUGCCCCGGUCAUCAACCCCCAGGUGUCUAACUCGGCCACGCGGACGUCUCUGCGUGUGUGCUGGAGCCUGUUCUCAGACGACUCUGUGGAAUACUACGAGCUCUACUACAGACCUGUCCUGGAGGACACGCCGGCUGUAGACAGCACCAAGGGGCCUGACGUGUCUAAUGUGAAGGUUAAGGAAACCCACUGUAGUGUAGGAGAGCUGCUGCCUAACGUGCAGUAUGAGUUCUGGGUCACAGCUACCAAUACGACAGGCAUCAGCCCUGCCAGUGAGAAGGCUGUCUACGUGACAGUCCCAUCUCCACCAGUCAUCAGACAGAGGGAGUGUAGCAGUUGUCCGGAAGCCGCUCUGAUUCGCUGGGAGUCAGGAAACACCAACCCAGUCGACUCCUACACCGUAGAGCUGAUUGAGACAGGCACUGAUGGACAGAGUGGGGUCACUGAAUCCAUCGUGGCUGUUCCUACCUGUGAGAGUCUGAUCCAGCUGGAGUCAGGAAGACAGUACCUCAUCUACGUCCGAGCUGUCAACAUCGGAGGACCCAGUGACAGGAGCCAGGCUUUUACUGUCUCUACUACAGGAACCAUAUUCCACCUGCUGCAGGACACAGCCCACCCCUGUCUGUCCAUCUCGGAGGACGGCUUCUCCAUGUUCUACGGAGACGAGGAGCUCCCGCUCUCCGCCAUGACCUUCGACGACAACACCUUCGCCAGGUGUGUAGCUGUGUUAGGGGACCUGAUCCCUGUGAGAGGCAGACAUUACUGGGAGGUGGAACUGGACGAGGACACAGAGUACAGGAUUGGAGUGGCCUAUGAAGAUACUCAGAGAAACUCCUACCUGGGAGGAACAAAUACAUCCUGGUGCAUGAGACAUGUCCUCACCCCAUCCAGACACAAGUAUGAGUUCCUCCACAGCGGCUGGAGCCCAGACAUCCGGAUAACGGUGAACCCUGUGAGGAUAGGGCUCAGUCUGAACUAUGAGAGAGGGAUCCUGUCCUUCUUCAACGUAGAGCUGGAACAACACCUCUACACCUUCUACUGUAGCUUCCAACGCUACGUUCAUCCCUGCUUCGCUCUGGACAACCCCGGUGCGCUCACUGUUCUCACUGGGGUAGAGGCACCGGGGUACGUCCACUUGGUCUGAGUUGACCUACCAUGAUGUACAGGUGUGUCCAUGGAAACAUCUUUACCUACCAUGAUGUACAGGUGUGUCCAUGGAAACGUCUUUACUUACCAUGAUGUACAGGUGUGUCCAUGGAAACGUCUUUGACUGUUAUUCUAACCCUCUGGACAACACUGCAUGGUAGAGCACAAUUAUACUACAAAAACAUGUUUAUGACCCCUUUGUGUAAGUGGGUUAACAACCAUAUCUGAAUAAAAACCAUGUAUAUCAGUG